GUUUGUUUCGUUUAUCUUGCGUAGUAGUGGUACCUUGCCCGGUAGUACCUACUAGUAGUCUUCCUAAUUAGGAAAAGUGUCGUCGUGAGGUAGAGGGUGUAAACAGUCGCUUGCCCACCUUCCCCCCUCAACCAACUUUACGACCGCAAGAUAUUCCACUUUUCCUGCCAUUUUCUGUCUUGAAUUACCUCAUAUUUCCAGCAUAUUGUCAUUUCUACAAGACCGUUCUCUCCCUAACUCAGCCAUCAUGCCUGAGACCCGCAGUGCUGUGCAGUCAUCCUCUGCAGCGCCAACUGCCUCGUCUGCCAAUGCCACGUACUUGAGUUCGUUUGGUAUUGGGCCAGAUAGUUUUCCGCUAGCCAAAGUUGCUGCACAGUCUUCUCGGAUCGCCUCACUGCCGUUCAAAAGAUCACUGAACUUUCGUUUUGACGAUGAGGGCAAGAGACGCAUCUGUAAGAUCACGUCCCAGUCGUGCAAUACUGCUGCUUGGGUGCAGACUCGCGGCGUGGAGCAUCAGUACGCUUGUGCUAGUUAUGCUGAUGGUGACGGCCCAUUUGCUACUUGCGUGACUCUAACACUGAACGAUCGUGAGGUUUUUCGAGGCGCUGGUGCCAACUGCAGUUUUCACUCGAGAGGAAGUCGAUGUACCUUCUAUGGCUCUAGAGCAGGAUCAGCCAAUCUUGAUGACUCGAUUUUUAGUCGUACUGCUGAAACGGACUCUGCGCCCUCUGCUCAGCCUUCUCUUCCUGGACCAUCUUCUUCUCAGUCUUUAGUUCCAGAACCGGCUGUUUCUGGACCAGCUGUUCCCGGUGCUUCCGCUUCUCAGCCAGCCCUUCCUAGUGCUUCUGCCUCUGGAACAGCUGCUCCUAAAACAUCUGCCUCUAUGCCAGAAGUUCCCAAGCCUCUUGUAGGUUCAACAGUUACCCUUCAUACUUAUAUAGUUUACUGACCAUCAGCCCGCACUGCCUAAGCCCUUGCAGAAUGAACGUCUUCCUCCUCCUAUCGUCCCUACGAAGCGUCCGUUUGAGUCACACUCUACUCCGCCACCUUCGAAUAAACGGCCAUCGUUCUUAACUUCAGCUACGAG